AUGGAUCGAGCUGUCGUAAAACAGCCUUUAGCGAUUGAGGAAGACGUCCAUAAUGAAUUCAGAAUGCAUACGAAACUUAUGCUCACAGAGCUCGGAAAAUUCCAAAGCAAACAAGACAAAGACGGGUCUAUUCGUCGAACACUUCAACCGAUCAGCAAAACAAUUUGUGCGUUCCUCAAUACUGAUGGCGGCCGUCUGUUUCUCGGAGUGAACGAUGACAAAAUGAUCAAAGGCAUCACGAUGAGCAAGAAUAUGAUUUAUCACUUUUUCGGCUCUCUUCGCCAUAUGUGCGAAAAGUUCAAACCGUACAGCCCGAUUUCUCGAAUCCGAGUGUCAAUCCUCGAAGUGAUUUCGAUGGACGAUAAAACGAAGGUCAAACUGAAAAAAGUCGACAUGGACAAAGAGGAAGUUUCAGAUUUUCCGAAACUGGCAAACCACAGUGUCGGUGGAUUUUUCUGUGACUGUUUCAAAGAAAUCAAUCAAGCCGCCACCAAGCAGUAUCUGUUCAUUGUUCAAGUUGCUGCUCCAGAUGCUGACUCUCCGACAAUUAUUUAUCAGAACGAAGAAGGACUCGCCUACAGACGCCGUCUUGCAUCAAACAAAUGCGUUUACCUAGACGAUCUCCGCCGCAUGAUGAAUGAGAGAAAUCGAGUUUUUGUCGAUCUACAUAACGAAGUACGACACGAGAUCGACCGAUUUAUCAAGUUUCACUGA